CGAGUCUCUUCGCGUCCACGUUCUCCUACAGCAGCGUGUGUAGGGAUGCAGGCCGCCACGGCUGAGAUGGCGGACGCGGCCCCGCGGCCCAGAGCCGUCGACCCCCGAGGCAUUCUGCAACAGAACCGCGAGUUCCUGGACUACUUCUGGGAUAUCGCCAGACCCGAGCGGGGUACCCGUCUGAAGGCGGUGGAGAGCCUCACGGAGCACCUGAAGAGCAGCGAGAAGUCAGAUGAGUUAAAAUACUCUCUAAAGAGGCUCGUGGACGGGCUGUCCCACGCGCGAGAGGACGCGCGGUCUGGAUACAGCUUGGCGCUGGCGCAGGUGCUGAGUGUGUUUGAGGAGAUUUCACUUAAAAGCACACUAGAUCAGAUCAAGGAGAAACACAACCUGCAGACAGCCAAGAAGAAACAGAUACGAAAUGUUGCGUUUGGGAAUUUCUUUGGAGUGCUGGCCUUGUCUCAGUCCACACGACUACACAAGGAGCCACAGGUGCUGUUGGAGUGUGUUAAGCUGUUACAGAGUCUGGCUCAGUACAGGGAUCACCUGAGAGACCUGCCCAGGAAGACCAUGGUGGACAUCCUGAGUGAGACGUCAGAGGAGGUGUUUGAGGAGGUGCUGUUCAGUGCCCUGCAUUCAGAUCUGACCUCAGCCCUCAGCAGUCCUGAGCAGUUAGAGCUCCUCCUGGUGGCCAUGCAGAGAUUCCCCUCCAUCAUUAAACCGGCCAAACUGAAGAAACUUCUGGGGACCACGGCCAUCAUUAACAAACAGAACCUGCCUCGGCUGGUAGCAUUGUUGAAAGUGUCUGCGUGCUCAGUGAAGAAGGAGAGUGUUCUCCCGGCUGUUGCCAUGGACCUGAUGCAGGCGUCGCUGCGUGAGGACAGUUUCCCGCUCUUCUGGCAGGAGGCCGUCGUCAGCGGGCUGAUGUCAGAGCCACCGGGCCCCGCCCAUUACCUGGCGUUCCGGAUGCUGGGGGCGGCGCUCCCGUUGCUGUCUGCAGCGCAGCUGCAGGUUGUUCUGUCCGGAGACGUGAUGCGUCGCUACGGUGAACACGUGGUGUCUGCGCAGAUUCCAGGCCGUUUCAGGUUUGCUCCGGAGAUGGAGGCGUAUGUGAGCACCUUCCUGCAGGGAUGUGUAGAGCCUGACAAGCAACUGCAGGUGGUGCUGGCCUUCACCCAGCUCACCCACCAGGGCUGCCCAGCUGUGCCCUCCUUCUGGAAGGUUCUGGAGCACAUGGGCCUGGCCACCCUGCGCCGUUACGUGGACUGGCUGAAGGACGCCUUCUGUCACCCACAGCUCCAGGACUGUCUGGAGUUCAGCACACGCAAGCAGGGAGGGGGCCAGAAACCAGACAUGCAGAAGGAAUCGUGUGUGCUCCGCUUCCGGAAGUGGAUCAUCCCGCGCCUCACAUCCAUCGUGGAAAACCAUCAGAUUAAGAAAGAUGAGGAUCUCGUUAUGGGCAUUGCUAGGUUUAUCUUCUUCCACGCGUUUUUUGACACCACAAAGCCAAAUGCUGAGCUCCUGGAGACCCAGACAAAGCUUUCUGUGCCCCUUGACCCCAGCACGCGCGCCGUCACCAGCUCUGCCUUCUAUAGUCUGCUGCAGUACUUGAACAUCCUGCCUGUCCUGGAUGAUUCCAUGGAGACCGAUGUCCCGAGUGGGCGGAGGGUUCUGGGUGUGAUGUCGGACGGCUCCAUGUGGAUGUACCGCCUCGCGCAGUACGCCAACGCACUGCUCAAGCAGGACACACACGCCCGGAGUGCGCAGACCCUUGGCGCCAAACACACACAGGCCUGGGACAGCAUGCUGCAGUCAGUGGAGUCUCUGGAGAAGAAGGCUAAGAAGUCUCCUGAACACGCAGCCUUCCAACAUCUGCUCCUCAUCAUCGGCAUGCAGAUAUUUAAGUCUCCAGAGGAGAGCGUGGCAUUACUGGCGGAUCUGCGGAGCUGCAUGGAGAAAGCUCAGCAGAACAAAUCCAGGAAGAGGAAGAAGGAGGAAACAGGUGGAGACACCUCAGAGCCCCACUGGGUGGAGGUGGUGGUGGAGAUUCUGCUGUCUCUGCUCUCUCAGCCCAGUCGUCUCAUGCGUAGUAUCUGUAAAACAGCCUUCAGCCGCAUCUGCCCCCACCUGACGGAGCCCGCCCUGAACACCAUACUGGAUGUUUUGGACCCCAGUAAAGAUGAGGGUACAGUGGAGGUGAUGCACGAGAUGGAAGGAGAGAAGAGGAACAAGGAAGAGGAGGAGGAAGAGGAGACAGGAGAGGAUGGGGAGGAAGAUGACUCGUCCUGUGAUGAUGAUGAUGAUGAUGACGCCAUGGAGCAAGAGGAAGUUGACCAAGAUUUCCGUUUGGAACUGAUGAAGGUUCUGCAUGGCCAGAAUGCUCUGGCCAGAGAGGAAGACAGCGGUGAGGAAGAGGAGGUGGACGACGAGGCCAUGAUGAAGCUGGACAAGAGUCUGGCGGCUCUGUUCAGCGAGCAGAGGAGGAAGCGUCAGGGUCGUCAGGAGGAGAAGGAGCGUGUGAGGAAGGAGAGAACGCUCGUGCGGGACUUCAGGAUUAAAGUCCUGGACCUGCUGGAGGUGUUCCUGUCUAAGCAGGGCUCCAGUGGUCUGGUGCUGUGUCUGGUGGAGCCUCUCCUGGCUGUGAUAGAGAAGAGCAUGAGUUCAGAGGUUGUGCAGCAGGAGCAGGACUUCCUGCGCAGAGCUGCAGACAUGUUCAGGAACCAGCUGUGCCGUGGGAAACACUACUGCAGAGAGGUAGAGGGGCGAGAGGCGGAGCUUCAUGAGAUGCUGGAGCGUCUGAUUGGACGAGCACAGAAGCUGCCGGACUCGUCAGUGGCACUGUACUACUUCAGUGCUGCACUCUAUCUGGUUAAAGUGUUGAGGGGUGUGGUGAAGGAAACGGAUACAGCACACAUUCCUGCCACACAGGAGAGGAUCAUGGGUAAGGUGGACGUAGCCAGAGUAACUUCCUGGUUCAGAAAUGCGCUCCUGUCCUUUAUGACUCGCCGAAAAAGCCCCCUCACAGGAGACAUGUUCAUCGACCUCUUCAACAGAUUCCCUGUUCUGUGUGUGAAUCUGGUGGACACUGCAGUAGAGAACAUCGCCGGGGCAGUGAGAGAACAUCAGCAGGGCCAGGCGUGUGUGAUGGUUCUGAGAGCUCUGCAGUCUAAAGAGGUGAAGCAGCUGAUGACUACAGCCCAGUGGACUGAACUCUGCCAGACAACAGCAGACCAGCUCCAGCAGAGUCUCCAGCACACAGAGUGCAAGAACAAGGCAGUUCAUGGGAAGAUGGUGAAGGCCCUGGAACUCUGCCACUUCCUGGUCAAAACGGUUCGCAGUCAGAAGGUGGAGGUGAAUCUGGAUUCUCUCCGGAAUGUUCUGAGGUCCAUGAAUUCUGAGGGGAGUCUGCAGAAGGCCGGGCAGCUAGAAGACACGUACUGGAGUGUGAUGAAAUUCUUCAACAUUCAGAAGCCCCGAGUGGAGAAGGUGAAAAAAGCAGUAGCAGAGCAGGUGGAGCAGGAGACUCCAAAGAAGAAGAAGAAAGGGUUCCUCCCCGAGAGCAAGAAACGCAAAAACCGCAAGAAGCCCACCAUACUGGAGGGAAUGGACACUACAGUCGCCCCGGCAACUGCAGGGGGAGGGGUGAAAGGGGGGAAGAAGAAGAAGAAGAAAAAGAACAAGAAGAGGAAAGUGCAGGGAGGAGAGGAGACACAGACUCCGCCUCCUGUUAAAAAGGCCAAAGCUCAACAGCCACAGAGCAAGAAGCAGAGAGGCCGGGAGUGAGAGCAGGUCAGCACUGAGUGAGGGACACACAGGGACUGACCAGGGAAGCAGGACAAAGACUCUGGGAUGGACCUGUGUAGACCAGUGCACACCAACCCUGCUCCUGGAGAUCUGUCCCCCAGCAGAGUUUAGCCUCACCCCCUACUUCUGGAGAUCUACUACCCUAGGAGUGUUAGACCCACCUCCUGCUCCUGGAGUUCUUCCAUUGAGAUCUCCAGCUGAAGCAGCAGGGCUGAUGGCCACUGGUGUUAAAAUGAUCCAUCAGGGACUAAGGCCUGGGCUCCAAACCUGGGUCUGUGUAGAGGGGUAAAUAAAGGGCAGGUACAGAGAAUAUAUAUGUACAGUCAUCACCUCAGGCAUUUGAAGUGUGUUUUCUCCGAGUAGAAAUAGACAUCAUUUUAAAAAUUAACGCCUGUUUGUAAUAGCAUAAUAUGCCAUUAAAGGUAUUUUAUUUUGAAGAUAAA